AUGCCCCAAGAAACGCGAUCCGACCCCAACACCGGCAAUACCUUCUCCAAAGAAGAUGCGUACAUGGAGCUCAUACACGCGGUGCAUGUAUUGGCAUUUGAUGUUCCUCUACGAUUUGAGCCUGUGGUAGAAGAACGCGCGUUGCAGGGCUCGACUGAGGUUGGCGGUUCUGCUGGGCGCGAUGCUGCUCAAGCUACGACAACGGCUCGCAAGAAAUCGGCCGUUGCAACGGCGAAGAAGCGCGUGCCAGUUAUGCCGGCGAGCAACAAUAUCGAACUUCCUCGCAUCUCGCUCGGUACCUUGUUUCUCGCGUGUGGGAUGCUGUUUUUUACGAUUAUACUUGCGGGCGGGGUCCUCGUGUUCGGAAGUCUUUGGCUGCUGCAUUGGAUGUGA